GCGCUCCGCUCCGCUCGCUCGGCGCUCAGUCCGCGGGCCGAGCCGCCCGCUCCCGCCGCCGCCCUCAGCCCGGAGCCCCGAGUGCUGCCUGCGCCCAGCCCGGCCCACCCCAGGACCCGCCCUGCCCGACCCGCUCGGCCUCCCGGGAAGAUGCGGCUGCUCCCGGAAUGGCUCCUCUUGCUCUUUGGGCCGUGGCUCCUUAGGAAGGCGGUCAGCGGCCAGAUCGCGGAGUCGGGAAGGCCGCAGUAUCUGGAACUGCGACCCGCCAUGGCCGGAGGGGGCGCCCGCAGCGCACAGCUCCCGGCGCCCGGCUCCUCCGAGGGCCUGGGCUCUGCGCGCUCCUGGAGCUGGGCCUGGCCCUCUAACCACACCGGGGCUCUGGCUAAGCCUGGGGCUGCCGGAGGCCUGCCCGCGCCGCGCACCAAGAGGAAGCCAUCCAUUAAAGCGGCCCGCGCCAAGAAGAUCUUCGGCUGGGGGGACUUUUACUUUCGCGUGCAUACCCUCAAGUUCUCGCUGCUGGUGACCGGCAAGAUCGUGGACCAUGUGAACGGCACCUUCAGUGUCUACUUCCGUCACAAUUCGUCCAGCUUGGGUAACCUGAGUGUCAGUAUCGUGCCGCCCUCCAAGCGUGUGGAGUUCGGGGGCGUCUGGCUGCCUGGGCCUGCCCCCCAUCCUCUGCAGUCUACGCUGGCUUUAGAAGGGGUGCUUCCCGGACUGGGGCCCCCUCUCGGGGUGACCGGGCAGGGGCUGGGGGGCAACCUUGGGGGAGCCCUGGCCGGCCCACUGGGAGGCGCGCUGGGAGUGCCGGGGGCCAAGGAGUCGCGCGCCUUUAAUUGCCACGUGGAAUACGAGAAGACAAACCGCGCUCGCAAGCACCGCCCGUGCCUGUACGACCCUUCCCAGGUGUGCUUCACCGAGCACACGCAGAGCCAGGCCGCCUGGCUCUGCGCCAAGCCCUUCAAAGUCAUCUGCAUCUUCGUCUCCUUCCUCAGUUUUGACUACAAACUGGUGCAGAAGGUGUGCCCAGACUAUAACUUCCAGAGUGAGCACCCCUACUUUGGGUAGCUCCCCCUGUCCUGGGCC